ACUCAGUUGUUUGUCAGUCGCGAAAGAACAUGGAACGUUGGCAGAAUCGUGUGGCAGUGAUAAGUGGCGCCAGUUCGGGCAUUGGGGCCGCCUGUGCCCGACUGCUGGUGGCCGCCGGCCUUCAGGUGGUGGCUCUGGCCCGGCGCACCGAACGCUUGGAACAGCUGCGCCAAUCGCUGCCACUGGAGCAGCAGAGGCUCUUCCAUCAGCGCACGUGCGAUGUCUCGCAGGAGUCGCAAGUGAAUGGCACCUUCGAGUGGAUCGAACGGGAGCUGGGCGGCAUUGAUGUGCUGAUCAAUAAUGCGGGCAUUGUUCUGGGCGGCCAGCUGAUCGACAUGCCCACCCAGGAGAUCAGCAAUGUCCUGCAAACGAAUCUCAUGGGCAGCAUCUACUGCACCAAGCUGGCCACCAGCAGCAUGCGCCGUCGACAGGUUCCCGGACAUUUGUUCUUUGUGAACAGCACCGCUGGUUUGGGUGGCUACAAGCCAGAUCCUGUCGACGAGAGCCUCAAUGCCUACACCCCCAGCAAAUUCGCUCUCACGGCUGUACACGAAAUAUGCAGACAGGAGCUCAUCGCACAUAAAUCCAAGAUCAAGACAACGAGCAUCAAUCCCGGUUGGGUGGCCACCGAAAUCGUGCCAGACGAAACCAAAGAAAAGCUGGGCGAUGUGAUACUCCAGGCGGACGAUGUGGCCCAGGCAGUGCUCUAUGCCCUCUCCACGCCGCCCCAUGCCCAGGUGGAGCAGAUAACGCUGCGAGCCGUUGGCGAAUACUUUUGAUAACACACAGAGCCCCCCAACCCCCUUACUGAUAACAGAUUAAGCCACGGACCAGCCCACUCCGUAGUGGUUGUAAGCACUGUAAUCGACACUCAAUGGCAAUCAAAUAAACGAAACAGAGGAGGGGAACGACCUCAGAUACAGAUACAAACACA